UCAAACCGCCUCUCUCUCUCCCUCUCUCGUCUGUCCCUGUCAUUCCUCCCGUUGUCUCCGUUCUCUUUCUCCUUCGACGAUGCCCAACUCAGCUCUCCUAGACGACCCCUGAGGCCCCCCUUCUCUCCGAUCCACUCCGACCAUCCCCGAUUGAUUGGAGGCAUUCGAGCGCAGUACCUCUGUGUCCGGCCCGCCCCUUUGGUUCCAAUAGUAGAAUCCUGCAUAAUUUUCUCCUUUACGAUUUCCUACGGUUGAGGACAGAGUGUAAUUUGAUGAUCGGCCAUGGAUCUACGCACGAGAUUCGAUUUUCUGCAGGUUCAAUAAGAGAACUUUCAUCGUCUCUGGAGGCGAACGAUCGCAAUGUGCCUGCUAAGAUAAAUUAUCGAUUUGCGAGUGGCCUGGAGAUUGCUAUUUGUUAGUGGCGUUCUGAUAAAAUCCGAUGGCGCGGAACAUCAGGGCGGAGGACUUCGACAGGCAGCACGCCGGAUUGACAAUACUCAGACUGUUCCAGGCCCUGUCGUACUUGGUUAUGUUCGUGGCAGGGAUCAUACUCGGCCUCCUCUCUAGCUCCCACAUCAACCAGUACUUCAUGUCCCAGGCCGAGCUCUUCCUCUCGACCAACCACAUCUUGAGCACGCCCUCCGGGGGCCCCAGCAACUGCACCAUCGUGGAGAUGGAAAAGUCCGAUGACUGCAUUAGCAUGGAGCAGUUCCUCUUCCCGAAAAAACUGAGCCACUCAAUGUCCGAUGAUGAGCUCCUGUGGCGGGCCUCUAUGGUCCCACGGAAGCAGGAGUGGCCGUACAAGCGGGUGCCGAAGGUGGCGUUCAUGUUCCUGACGCGAGGCCCCCUACCUAUGCUGCCGCUGUGGGAGAGGUUCUUCCAUGGGCAGAAGAAGAAUCUGUACACAAUUUACGUGCACGCUCUUCCCGGGUACGAUCUCAAUGUGUCGAGAGAUUCAGUGUUCUUCGGAAGGCAGAUCCCGAGUCAGGAUGUUAAAUGGGGAACGGUGACACUGACCGACGCCGAGAGGCGGCUCCUGUCGAAUGCUCUGCUCGACUUCUCCAACGAGCGGUUCGUCCUCCUGUCAGAGAGCUGCAUUCCCGUUUACAACUUCCCCACAGUGUACGAGUACCUCACCAGCUCCGACCACAGCUUCGUCGACAUGUAUGAUGACCCUUCGCGGGAUGGACGGGGUCGAUACAGCACCCACAUGCUCCCUUACAUUACACUCCGGCAGUGGCGGAAGGGGUCCCAGUGGUUCGAGAUGGACCGAGAUCUAGCCACCGACAUAGUUGCUGACACUAAGUACUACGCGCUCUUCAGAAAGUAUUGCAAGCCCGCAUGCUACCCGGACGAGCACUUCAUCCCGACUUACCUGAACAUCUUCCACGGGUCGAAGAGUGCGAACCGGAGUGUCACAUAUGUCGACUGGUCCCAUGGCGGGCCCCACCCAGCUAGGUUCGAAGCAGAGAACAUUACAGAGAGUUUCAUACGGUCGAUAAGGAACAAUGGGACACUCUGCUCGUACAAUUCCGAUGUGUCGUCCCUAUGUUACCUCUUCGCCCGGAAGUUCGCCCCAAGCACGUUGGAACCAUUGCUAAAUCUCACAUCCUCAGUAAUGGAGUUUUGAAUAUGAUUGUCGUGUAAUAACCAAGUUAUAUUAGCAUUCAAUUGAUUCUUUGCAA